UUCCAGCAAGCCUCGAGGUUCCCCCGGCUUCUGACUGACUUCAGCUGGCGAGCACAGAAGGGCACGUUGUUGCUGCUGCUGCCACCUGGGUUUGUCCUUUCGCUGCAGUUUUUAACUCAAAAAACCUGCCUCCUAGGGACUCCUCGAAGCUCUUUCCGGGCGCAGGCGUCAGGCGCUCUCGCGCUCUCUCUCAGGGUUCUGCAAGAGGAAGGAGUGGGUCUGUGAGUGUUUGUAUGUUUUUCUAGUCCCUUCACACGUAUGAAAAGUGUGUAUAUGUGAGAGUGUGGGGAGUGUGUGUAGAGGGGGUCAAAGAACAGAAGAGAAGCUUCCGUGGCCCUGGCUUCAGCGUCCCUUGGUGGGCAGCCUCUGUAGCCAGGCUGGUCCCUCCUGGUGCACGGGUCUGAGAUGAAGUCCCUCUGGAAUAUCCUUUUGGCGACAACCCUGUGCUUACUCCUGCCCCUUCACAUGUCGGCCUCUCCAGCCUCUGACGACCAGCCCAGCGCCAGAUACUCCAAUGGCCACACCUGUGUAGCCUGUGUGGCGGUGGUAUCGGUGAUUGAACAGCUUGCCCAAGUUCACAACUCCACGGUGGAGGCCUCAAUGGAGAGACUCUGCAGCUACUUGCCUGAAAAGCUGUUCUUGAAGACCACCUGCUAUUUAGUGAUAAGAAUGUUUGGACCGGACCUCAUUAAACUGCUUAGCACAGAUAUGAACGCUGAUGUGGUGUGUCAUACCCUGGAGUUUUGUAAGCAGGACCCUGGCCAACCAUUGUGUCAUCUCUACCCGCUUCCCAAGGAGCCGUGGAAAUUUACACUAGAGAAGGCGAGACAGAUUUUGAAGAAAUCCCCAACUCUGAAACAUACCAGAAGUAGUCCUGAUGUUUGUUCCCUCCCAUUUUUGGCCAAGAUCUGUCAGAGGAUUAAAUCAACUAUAGAAAAUUCUGUGCCAUUCAAAGAUGGAGAUUCAGACAAAUACAGCAUUUUCCCAACACUGAGGGGCUACCACUGGCGAGGGAGAGACUGCAAUGACAGCAACAAGAUGGCAUACCCGGGCAGAAGGCCAGACAACUGGGAUAUACAUGAAGAUUCAAACUGUAAUGGCAUUUGGGGUGUUGAUCCAAAAGAUGGAAUUCCAUAUGAGAAGAAGUUCUGUGAAGGUUCACAGCCCAGGGGAAUCAUUUUGCUGGGAGACUCAGCUGGGGCUCAUUUUCGCAUCUCUCCCGAAUGGAUCACAGCUUCACAGAUGUCUUUGCCAGUUCCUGAGGAGAUCAGCCUCCCUGAGCCAGAUGUCCCACCCAGCUGGGCUUACUCCAGGGCUGUGAGGGUAUCCCCGCAUCUGAAGAGGCAGCCUCACCGACUUCACCCCCCUCAUGCUGAUCUUCCCUGCAGGGGCCAAAGCCAGCUCUUGAAAGAGUCUGGCUUACUGGAAGAGUCUGUCCCCCUAAGAAACUUCUGGUGCCUCUGGUUCUUCUGCACCAUACCCCUGACUCCCAAUAGUUACGGUGAACUUAUAAUUCGUUGUCCAAACCUGAGAAAAGAGGGAUCACUACUGAAAUCCUUCAUCAAUUUACCAAUAGCUCUUACCAAUGAGCUCGACUGGCCCCAACUCUCUGGUGCUACUGGGUUUCUGGACUCCAUUAGUGGAAUUAAAGAAAACUCUAUUUACCUUCGAUUAUGGAAAAGAAACCACUGCAAUCACAGAGACUACCAGAAUAUUUCAAGAAAUGGUGCAUCUUCCCAAAACCUGGAGAGAUUUCUAGAAACUUUGUCUAGGAACCAACUGUUGGACCAUCCAGCCAUCGUCAUAUACGCCAUGAUUGGAAAUGAUGUCUGCAAGGGGAAAGUUGACCCAGUCGCAGCAAUGACCACUCCUGAGAAAUUAUACUCCAGUAUCAUGCAGACUCUGAAGCAUCUAAAUUCCCACCUGCCAAAUGGCAGCCAUGUUGUUUUAUACGGCUUACCGGAUGGAACAUUUCUCUGGGAUAAUUUGCACAACAGAUAUUAUCCUCUUGGCCAGCUAAAUAAGGAUGUGACCUAUGCACAUUUCUACUCCUUCCUGAACUGUCUCCAGGUCAGCCCCUGCCACAGUUGGAUGUCCUCCAACAAGACGCUCCGGACUCUCACUUCAGAGAGAGCAAAACAACUCUCCAAUACACUGAAAAAAAUUGCAACCAGCCAGAAAUUUACAAACUUUGAUCUUUUCUACAUGGACUUAGACUUCCAAGAAGUCGUAGACGAGUGGCGGAAGAGAGGCGGGCAGCCCUGGCAGCUCAUUGAACCAGUCGAUGGAUUCCACCCCAAUGAGGUGGCUUCACUGCUAUUGGCAGAUCACUUCUGGAAGAAGGUGCAGCUCCAGUGGCCCCAGCUUCUGGGAAAGGAGAAUCCAUUCAACUCUCAGAUUGAACAGGUGUUUGGAGACCAAGGGGGCCACUGAGUGCCUCCAGGAUAUGCACUCCUGGAAAGCUCAGGGAGGCAAGAACUUGGCUAAAGUCAUUCAACAAAUGGUUAUGGGGCUGCCAUUUUGCAGGCCCAUAGGACCCUCUUCAGCAGCAACUUUGCAAAGUGCUUUUCUCUCAUUCUGGAGUCUAUCUGAAUGACAGCGUGAUUCUGAGUGUUUCAGGGAGCAGUUCCCUCCAUUUGUCCUUCAAAUCACCUUUAAUAAAGUGUUGUGGAUGCCAUUCCAAGCAGAGAGAUAAUCUGUGCCCUUUAAUAGCUAAUUGUUCUGAAAACAAAUUCGAAGUCCAGCAAUGCUCGGCAACCUAGCCAGGGUCUUGGUGCGCCAGGACUGAGCCUCAGUCUGUUGCUGCUUCUCUAAGAUGGCCAGAAAGCUGGGACUGCCCCUGGGAAGGCUGUCGGCUGGCUGCCAAGGAUUCUCACGAGAGAACACAAAACUAGGAACACAAAAUUAGGUACAAACUUGAAUGUUUGUUUAGAACGAGAAAACAAAUCACAACAAAUGACAAAUUCUUUAAAGUUGACAAAUAGCAUAAGCCCCACAAAAUCCCGAUGAUUGAAAAAAACAUGACAAUUUGUCUUUCUUUAAAAGGUUUUCUUACAUUCUUUGGCUGCAUAAUCUCAUCAUCUUUUCCCUUAACAAUGAUUUGGUGAUAUCAUGGUCUACAGAAAAGACAGAAGAGUAAAAUGUGUUGCUUUUUAUUGAUAAUUUAGAAGAGUUUCUUUCAGCUGCAUAACUCGUUGGUAAAGUCAUGUGAAUUUUUAGAAUUGUUGUCAAAUUGGGAGGACCUCUAUCAAAUCUCUUUUGAGUGAGAGUUAUUAGAGACGCAUUCCCUAUUUGGAGUAUUUUUAAUGUUUUGUGUGCAUAUAAACCCGGGAAUUCUGGUAAAUUCUAUUGCACACCAUUCUCAUUGGUAUGUCCCCUCCCUUGCCCCUCUCUGAGGCAGCCAUGGAUUUUUGGGGUCAGUGGGUGUAUGUCCAGACCCACAUCGUGUUGCCAGCACCCCACCUUACAUGGGCACAUCUUCCUACAGUCUGCCCUCAGGAGCUUGCUUGACACAGCCCAGAGGUAUGGAGCAGUUCCACCCCAGGGGCCCCAGGAGCCGGUGAAUAAAUGCACCAGCCUCUUCCUUUCAUGGUCAGUUUGGGGAAGGCAUUCAGUGUGCUUCUCAGGGGCAGAAUCAGCCCCUUUGUUCGUGGCAACAAUACCUUCCAUGGUGCUUCCUUCUACUCUGUGUCACUCUCCUUGGCCCCUCAUUCCUGCUCUCUGGGAUGCUUCCCAAAUAAACCACCUGCACCUAAGUCUUUGUCUCAAUAAAGACAAAACUAAAAUGAUGGUGUGUGCAUAAUUGUGUAGGCUUUAUUAUUGAACAUAUUCCUGAUAUGAAGAUACUUCUGUUUCAACUAGGCACCAAUGCAAACCAAACCACCCACUCAUGUACACCGUCCAUUGCCAUGGACCAGCUUCUGGCUUUGUGCAUUUUAAACCUUGUUUCUCCUCUGUGAUACACUGCUUCCCACGCUGGGAGCUGUAGGAUACUUUCAUACUGUGAUCCGCCCAUUGUAACCAUCCUGGAAGUCACCCAGCUGUGCACAGAAAUGACUGCAAACUACAUAAAUAUUUCCACGUAAUCCCACCCUAAAUGCCCCAAAAUUCUCACGGCUAGCUCACAGCUACCAGAUAGAAAAGAAAGUACUCAGAGAAAAAGCAAUGUGUUUAAAAUAUCCAACUUUUGGAAAUUUUAGAAAACGUGUGAACGUAUUGCUUGGGCCCCUUCCAAGGCUUUGGAAGGGACCCUAAAGUUAAUCUGUUUUAGACUUUUGGUCAAUCCACCUCGGCUGACAAAAUUAAUUUGCCAGAUUGUGUGUGAGUUCCGUUUUUUAGGGGCCAAAACACUUAAAAUGUUGUCGACCCAUUAAUUUCUGUCACCUGGAAAGAACCCUUGCUUCAGCAUGACAAGGACAUGGCCUGGGGCGGUGGCUCAGCAGGGGACCAACAUGCCAUCAGGAGGCUGCUUGUUUCCAGCAGGAAAUAUAAAUGAGGAGAGCGCAUUGGAGAAUAUGAGGUGUGGAGGUGUGGGACUGUGGAAAUCUGGUAUGUCUGUCUCCUCCUGAGGGAUGUGUCCACUAACAGGGUCUUGGUAAAUACAUUACUGGUUUUGGUGUUCCAAUAUCUCAUGUUAUGUUUAAGCACCAAAAUACCAAUACUUGUCAUAGUGUUGUUUUAUUAUUGUUUUUUUUUUGAAUCUGAAAUCAUAAUCAUUUAGUCUCAAGACAUACCCAGAGAACACUGCACUAAAAUUUUGUAUUCCUUUAGAAAGAAUUCUAUUUAUUUAAUCCUCACUCUGUUUAAGAUGCUUUCAAGUUACUUUAUUGCUAUUCUAAUUUCUACUUCCCAGACUACUUGUGAAGCUGAUAAUCUCAUGUUCCUUUUGCUGUUGUUGGGGCAUAGAGAAUUCAUUUUAGGCCUAGUCAUUUUCCAGAAGGCCCUGAGGGACUAGAGUUGUUUUAAAAGUGUGGAGUGUAUAGGGAGAUUCAGAAAGUACAGGGAAGAGUUUCCCAGACUGAAUCAUCCUGCGACCAACCACCUCCAUUCUCCCCGCCGCCCCCAGAAGUCAUCUCUGUCCCGGCCACUUUUCCCUGUUCAUAUUCUCUUAGGGAUGAAAAUCCCCACGUUGGGGAAUAGUUUCACCAGUAUCAUAUUUCCCCUCCCCUACUUGAACAAGUUCAGGUGGGGAGGCUGACAGGCCCUCACCCUGAGCCCUGACCUCACUCCUGGGGCAUGGUAUCCCAAAAUCGAAGGGUGGGAGAGGAUGGUGCUCCCAUCUCAUUUUUUUUUUUAAUAAAACACCAAUAGUGCACAAAGUAAGUACUAAAUACCACUAUUGUCUCCUCGAGAACUGGAGUCCAAGGCCAGGCCUUCACCCCAGGGCCAGGAGCCCCUGGGUGAGGCGAGUCCACUUCUGCCUCCAUCUUUACACUCCACACCAAUCCAGACACAUUCCUUCUUUGAGAUUCAACCACAUGUUUCUCUCUGGCUUAGGGAUAUUCCGUCCCUAUAAGGCGCUUUGUGUACUUCUCAUAACGUCCACGUGUCCAGAAUUUACAAGAUAGCUGACCAGGACAGCUUUUAUCUUGGAUUUCUGUACUGGUAGUAGUUCUUGAGAGCCUGUCUUCAGCCUCCAUGUUUUCAGAAUCAUAGCAUGUGAGUGCUAGCCUCUGAGAGGCACAUGAAGGACUUUUCUAGGGGGACUCACAUCCCUCUCCAUCUCCUUCCCCCAUUCCUGCAGUGGCCUCCUGAUGAAAUGCACCAGAAGAGAUGCUCCAGGAGAUAAGAACCUGGCCAGGAUAAGAACCUCCUGUAUCUACAGCCUUACAACAAUGCCUGGCCAACAAGAGAUGCUCAUGCUGCCCGAGAGGAUCCCAAAGUGGCUUGGCCAAACCUACCAGAGAGGUAUUGGCACCAUCCUCUGGUAAAACUGAAAACUGCAAGUGUACUUGAACAACCUUCAGCUGUUCCAAACUCAGACCUUAAACCAGAGAGGUCAUUGACCCCCCAGCCAGUGUUGCUUCUUCAAGUGCUGCCCUCCUUCCAGAAUAUCUAUAAUCACACUGGUGGACUGAGACAUCCGUCAAGUUUAUGCAAGAAGAAAACUCACAUGAAAAAAGUUUCAUAAAGAACUAGUUUAUGGGGCACCUGGGGGGCUCAGGUUAAGCGUCUGCCUUCAGCUCAGGUCAUGAUCCCAGGGUCCUGGGAUCGAGCCCCAUGUGGGGCUCCCUGCUCAGCAGUGAGUCUGCUUCUCCCUCUGCCUGCCCCUCCCCCCUGCUUGUGUUCUCUCUUUCUCUCUCUCUGUCAAAUAAAGAAAGAAAAUCUUUUAAAAAAGAACUAAUAGAUAAGAAUUAAAACCCCCAUAUGUAUACUCCCUAGUCCCAACAUUCAAUACUUAUAAUCCUUUCACUCUGCCUCAGAAAACUUUAAAUAGCAUUUAAUAUAUUAACUAAAUAAUAAAGACACAAAUAUUUUGAGUCAUCAUUUUCAGCAAGAAAAUGUUGCCUUUGGGUUCGAUGUGAGAAUUAGGGAGAUCAGAAAAGCUGUGGCAACCGUGGAAAUAAUACAAGACCACUCAGAUGAGAAGAGGCAAAGGGGCCUUACUUGGGGAUUGCUACAGCAAGGGGGCCAGCUACCAUCACGUGUGUUGGCAGAGGGAUGGGACAGCUCUACGGUGGGAAAAAGGGAGGGCUUAGGUGUGCCCUGGUUGGAGGCUGUAGGCAGGCC